AUGUCACCAGGUGCAGUUGCAACGAGCGACAUCGGCAUCGCCAACUUGCCGAACCAGCGUCACAAAAUUGUAGCCAAGCGCGGUACCAACUUCACCCUGAUGGUUGUUGGUAAGUAUCUUUGUCUUUCUCUCGGCGAUCCGGAACGAUGGCAAUUCCAAGAGUCGUGGGUCACGCUUUCUCGGGCGAUAGAUGGCCACUUGAAAGACUUCGUCCAAGGAUGCUAUUAUAACAUGUUCAUGCAAGGUGAGUCCGGUCUCGGAAAGACGACCUUUAUCAAUACUCUUUUUACCACCACCAUCAAGGAAAAGAAAGACCAAGCCAAACGACAUGCUAAACAGAUGGACAAAACUGUUGAAAUUGAGAUAACAAAGGCUGAACUUGAAGAAAAAAUGUUCAAUAUAAAGCUCACCGUCAUUGAUACACCUGGGUUUGGAGAUUACGUAAACAAUCGUGAUAGUUGGACACGUAUUGUCGAAUUUAUCGAUGACCAACACGAAUCUUAUAUGCGUCAAGAACAACAACCACUUCGUAAAGAAAAGUUGGAUAUGCGUGUUCACUCCUGUCUUUAUUUCAUUCGUCCAACCGGUCAUACGUUGAAACCUUUGGAUAUUGAGAUUAUGAAGCGCUUAGGUUCUCGCGUCAACUUAAUUCCAGUUAUCGCCAAAGCCGACACUUUGACACCAAAAGAUUUGGAAACCUUCAAGAGAAGAGUCAGAGAAGUGAUUGCUGCACAAAAUAUUCAAGUUUAUCAAUGCCCAAUUGAGAGCGAUGAUGAGACCAGCACCAGACGCAAUAUGAAUAUCAUGGCUGCUAUGCCUUUCGCAAUUAUUGGCAGCGACGAGGAUGUCAUUGCUCCAGAUGGCCGCAAGGUUAAAGGAAGACAGUAUAGCUGGGGUAUUGCAGAGGUUGAAAACGAAGAUCAUUGUGACUUUAAAAAGCUUCGAUCCCUUCUUAUCAGGACUCACAUGUUGGACUUAGUGUCCACUACCGAAGAAACACAUUAUGAAAACUAUCGUCAGUCGCAGAUGGAAACCAGGAAAUUUGGAGAACCAAAGCCAAAGAAACUUGAUAAUCCUAAGUUUAAAGAGGAAGAAGAAGCUCUUCGCAAAAGAUUUACCGAGCAAGUUAAACAAGAGGAAAAUCGUUUCCGACAAUGGGAGCAACAUCUCAUUUCUGAACGUGAUCGUCUUAAUAAGGAUUUAGAGGCUGAACAUUCUAACAUCAAGAACUUGGAAUCUGAAUUAGAACAACUUCAAUCCUCGAUGUCCACCAAGGGUGGUAGAAGAUAA